AUGGAGAACUUGGGUUUGAACCAUACGCCGACCUCUACCAGACAGGUUUUGCAGUCACGCGCUGAGGAGACCGAGAUGAACGAUUUGCAAACCAGCGACUCUUCUCCCGACACCUGUGCCGUCGAUUUUGAUCUUCACGUUGCCGAAUCCGCGACAUCAAAAACCUCGGGACUUUCGCGCAAUCCGUCCUUCUCUGGCAGUAGCUCAUACCAAGAUGACCUUGACCCUUUGCCUCCUCUAGACCGACUCUCGGUACUUGAUCUCCUCGACAACUUCGCCCUCCCACUACAGCUCGAGAAGCUCCAAAGAGGGAUCUCGGCCCAAACCGACAAGGUUCGUCGAUCUCGAGAUGCUUUCAAAUCUCGGAGCCAAGUUGCCCGUGGUCGUAUGAUCGAAGAAUGGAGGCGGCGCGUGCCGCCGGCCGAGAUACAACUUGAGAGGUAUCGGAGGCACAUGCGACGGAGUGUUGACAAGCUCGGCAAACGCUGGAACGAUACUCGAGUGAUCACUUUACGGGAGAAGAUAUCUUUCAUCUGUGGUGUUAUGAAUAUCUUCAUCAGUGGAUUUCUUAUUGGCGGCUAUCCUGAAUAUUUCCAUCUUUGGUAUACGGCACAGUUGCUUUAUUUCAUGCCAAUCCGGAUCUUCACGUACAAGCGACGCGGCUAUCACUACUUUCUCGCCGAUCUCUGCUACUUCGUUAAUCUCUUGUUGAUGCUCAGUCUCUGGUGUUUUCCUGGUUCAAAGAGACUAUUUACAGCCGUUUACUGUCUUGCCUUUGGUAACAAUGCAGUUGCCAUCAUCAUGUGGCGCAACUCGUUGGUUUUCCAUAGUUUCGACAAAGUAACGUCUCUCUUCAUCCACGUCAUGCCAUGCGCUACACUGCAUUGCAUUGUUCAUCUCUAUCCAGCCGAGCAACAAGCGGUCCGCUUUCCAGCCAUAUUUUCUAUCAAGAACGGGUCCUCUGACUCUGCUGCGGCGUAUGGCAACCUGACCUCCAUGCUCGCGUGGAGUUCCAUUCCUUACGCCAUGUGGCAACUCUCCUAUUACUUUUUAUCACUGUGA